GAACCCAUUCCAUCUGUCCAAAUUAUACAGCAGCAAUGGCAUCUCUUGCUACAAUUCGAGUUCUUGCUUUGAGUGCUCUUCUGGGCCUGUCUCACUGUAUGGUCUCAACUGGGCGCGAUGGGCAUGGUCUUAUUGGAUAUGGUAUCAAAAUGUACUACCCCAAUUGUUGCAGUGCAUGUCGGAAUGUUCUAUCUAGGUCUCAAUUGAACUGCUCCGAAAGCAUGAACAUGGACGGCAUGGCAGGAAUGCACAUGAGCGGAUCUGAUUUCACCACAUCAGCCGAGUGCUAUGCCACUGACGAUAAUUUUCUCCGGUCGAUGGCUUUUUGCAUCAGUGAAAGGUGCCCCCAUGACCCCAGUGUCAAAAACCUACAAGACUGGCAGAUCGAACGGUGGUGGCGGAUGAAUAUUCCUGGGACCGCUGCCGUUCAGCCCGAACCAAAAGAAACUUACCAGGAGGCUUUGGCAAAAGCAAAGACCACACCGUCGGAGACCAUCACGUCGGGAAGUCCUUUGAAUGGCACGAUGCUUGUUUCCGAUGAUGACUACCAGCCCAAUUGGAAUGCUAACAAUGCUUUUGAACAUGUUGAGAUUCUCCAUGAACGAUAUGGUCUCGUCGUCUUCCUCUCUGGAGUGGUUAUCCCGAUCGGAUUCUCGCUCCUUCGGUUCUUGCCUUUCCCAACGCGCUGGACGACUCUCUUCAAUGCCGUCAUUGUCGACCCUCCAGCCUUUGGACACCGUCACAAAGUCCCCAUCCUCUGGGGUCUCACCAACAUGCCAACACGGGGUCAAGCACUUUUCGUACUAUAUCUGACCGUCAUCAACGUCCUUCUUUGUUGUGUCGGCUAUUCUUCUACACAGCCAAACGCCUGGUAUCCUAAUAACUCAGGUCGAGAGAUAUUGACAUACGUCACCAAUCGUUGUGGUGUCCUGAGUUUUGCCAACAUCCCUUUACUUAUCUUGUAUGCUGGAAGAAACAAUGUCCUGUUAUGGUUGACCAACUGGAGCCAUGAGACCUUCCUGCUGCUGCACCGUUAUGUCGCCACCAUUGCCACCCUACAGGCCAUCAUCCACUCUCUCAUAUACCUUCGCAUCUAUGUCGUCAAUGGUAAUCACAGCAGCGAGAGCAAACUAUCAUACUGGUACUGGGGUAUAAUUGCAACGAUCGGCAUGUCCAUCUUACUGCCCAUGUCAAUGUUGCCCCUUCGACGCUUGUUCUACGAAGCCUUUCUGCUGUGGCACAUUGCUAUUUCUGUCUUGGUCGUCGUCGGCUGCUACCUUCACAUUUACGACCGCUUCGAGCAUCAAUGGGGUUACGAGGUCUGGAUCUACGUCUCUUUUGCGGUAUGGGGCUUCGACCGGCUCCUACGACUUGCCCGCCUUGCUGGUAAUGGCCUGCGAUGGGCAGAUGUCACCAUCAUUGACGAUGACUAUCUUCGCGUCGACAUUUCUGGCGUCGGAGGCGAUGGCCACGCGUAUCUGUACUUUCCUACGCUGACGUGGCGCGUCUGGGAGAACCAUCCUUUCUCGGUUGCUUCAACCGUGCUAUCAGGCCCCACACAACGUGCGUUGGCGACGCCAACUUCUUCUUCGACCGACGUUGAAAAGAACGAGGGCAUCAUCACGAGCAACGUCGUCGUCGGCAUGUCCGCCCAUUCGCUUGAUGGAGGGUCAGACAAAGAGCACGCCCAGGGACAACAAGAACAACCAAAGCUAGCCAUGACAUUCCUGCUCCGCGGCCGCGGUGGUCUGACCUCGUUGCUGCGUUCUUCCACACGGUUGCCCGUCCUUGUGGAAUCUCCCUAUGGGAGACAGAACUCGACAUUCUCCAAGCAUCCGACAUUGAUAUGCGUCGCGGGUGGAGUCGGCAUAACGACGGUUUUGCCGUUGCUGCGUUCCCACCCUGGUCGGAGUAAACUCCUCUGGGGUGUCCGCACCCGUAGUCUGGUCGACGCUCUUUCAAACGAACUGGCUGGCGUCGAGAAAGAGGUCUUUGUUGGGAAAAGGAUGAAUGUGUGCGAGGAACUGGAGAGGGAAGUCGAUGGUGCUAAUCCAAGGCAGCAGCAUCCUGUCGUGGUGGUCAGCGGUCCUGACGGUCUGGCUGACGACGUGAGGAACGCGGUGUGUGAGAUUGCGAAGAAACGAGGAAGGAAUAUUUCCAUCAAGCUCGUCGAGGAAUCCUUCUCGUGGUAAGCUUACUAUCUAUGGUAGUUUUCGAUCGUGUGUGGAGUGGCGAGGGUUGAUGUAUUGAUUGUCCUACUUUCUAUCGGCCUCUGUGCUACUGGCCAUAUCAAAGUUCAAAGUAUUACUGGGUUGAAGCCAACUGAUCAAACUUGUCAUGCUUGUGUGAUAUCUUUAGUGUCCGACAUCAUUGCUGGCUUUCGCGGGCGAGCCCCCCACCAUCUCGUUCUUCC